CUUUAAUAAAAGUUCUGCUCCAGAGAAAGUGCGGGAUCCAGCAUGGACGCGAGGACUCUGGCCGUGACCGCGCUGUCCCGGCCCGGCAGAGCCGCGCUGCUGGCCGGCGGGGCCGCGGCCGCGCUGCUCGGGGCGGCGCUGGGGUACCGGUACCUGCGGAAGCCCGGAGAAGCCGUGAGAGUGGGCGUCGUGUCGCAGCUGCUCAUCCACCCCAUCAAGUCCGGCAGAGCCGUGUCCGUGUCCCUGGCCGACUGUCUCCGGACCGGCCUGGGGUUCGGGGAGCUGCAGGACCGACACUGGCUGGUGGUGACGGAGGACGGUCACAUGGUGACGGGCAGACAGGAGCCCCGGCUGGUGUUGGUGUCUCUGACCGGCGAGGGAGGGCAGGCCGUUCUGAACGGACCAAACAUGGAGGAGCUGAAGUUCCCCAUCAAGCAGCCGGACAACCCCGUCAUCGACUGCAGAGUGUUCGGUGCCGACAUUCAGGGCCGCGAUUGUGGCGACAGAGUGUCUCAGUGGUUCACGGAUUAUUUUGGACUGGAGAAAACCUUUCGCUUGGUGCACUUUGAACCUCAGAUGCGCCACAGGAAGUCAGCCGAAUGUGAGCCUCUUUUCUCACAGCAUGAGGAGGUGGCUUACCCAGAUGUGGGACCGGUGAUGCUGCUGUCCGAGGCGUCGGUGAACGACCUCAACAGGAAGCUGGAGAAGGAAGUCACGGUGGAGCGAUUCCGCCCCAACAUCGUGAUCAGUGACUGUGAAGCGUUCGAUGAGGAUUCAUGGGAGGAGAUCCAGAUUGGCAGCGUGCGACUGCAGCGUGUGAUGUCAUGUGGAAGGUGUGUUUUCACCACAGUUGACCCCGAGACGGGAAUAAUCAGCAGAAAAGAGCCUCUGGAUACUCUGAAAAGUUAUCGCCAGUGCACACCGUCGGAGCAGCACAUCUACAAGAAAGCCCCGUUGUUUGGACAGCUGCACACAGUGAAGAAGACAGGGGUCCUGCAGGUCGGAGACGUGGUGUACAAGAUCAGCCGCUAAAACCCUCCCACGACGGUGACGUCAGAGCAGGCGGAGCAGGGGCAGAGAUGUUUGACGCGAGCAGUGUUCAAGUCCCUCAGGAAAAACUU